AUGCAAAGCGGGAAGACGGCAGUAAACAGAGGUAGGGAUGCUUAUGAUACUGGUGCAGAUAUUUACACCUGUAUCGGAGCGGCAUUCUCAUCGCAUCCCAGUGAUUCUCAUCGCCAUAGGCCCAUCACGUUUGCAGAACAAGUAGAUCACCAAAGACGCAGCUCCACUAGUAUCCUCUUGAUCCUCUUGAUCCCCUUGAUCCCCUUAUCCUCUCAGGAACUGAAUUCUGACUUCCCGCGCAUCUCUCGCCUCGCCAGUUUGCCUUCUCCAUCGCUUGGUUGUGAGGUUCAGGAGUUGCGGUCAACUUCACCAAUCACGAUACCUGGUAGAGAUUUCGCGCUGGGACCAACUCCCACUACCCCAGCUGACUGCUCUCAUGGGCUUCUUAUUAUAUUCGCGACUUCUCCUCCCACCUCACUAGACAGACAGCUCACACCUCCUCGGGGAUUUAUCUCUGAGAAUAUCUUACGAUUUUACCAAGAGGCAAAGGCCGUGUCUGUCUCGCCUCCGCCAGCAGCUGCCAUCAAUAGCCCAGGAGGCGGUCAUUGCUUUCUCUUUGCUGCCAACCCCUUCAAUUCCGCCUCACUCACCGCACUUUUGACGACGGCCAAUUUCCCAGGCCAACCUCACCCCUACGAUUCCACGAGGAUAUAA